CGAACGCUCAUCGACUAGCUACGCAAAUAACGUACGCGUGAACAUCAUGGAACACCAAUUCCGUGCGCACAUUCUACGGAAAUAACGAAAAGGCGGCGCUACGCAUAGGCGCUACGACACUUCUACUACGCAGUGAGGGUACGCGUAGGAGAUGUCAGCUGGGAGGACCCACAAACAAUACUGACGUUAUUCCAGGCUGUACGCAAGAUACAUUUCUCAUCAGAGCUGCAGUGAACUAUAAUAGAGCAAAGCAUGGGAAGGAGUAUAAGUCGUGCUUCUUACGCUGAAAGUCUGGCUAUCUCCUCUAGCUUCGGGAAAGCAAGCAAGCUAGCAAGCACUAACGUUACAGGCUAGCUUCGCAGAGAAGCAGCUGCCUAUUGUGGCCCGCAACGACCCUCCCAGCAGCUAGCAUCCGUCGCAUUCACAGAGAGAAAAAAUGGUGUACCUGUUAAACCCUAUAGAGAACCUGAGAAGCUACAUCAACAACCGUCCACCGCUGGUCAUUUUUAUGAUCAGCGUCAGUGCAGUGGCCAUCGCCUUCCUGACCAUUGGUUAUUUCUUUAAGAUUAAGGAGAUCAAGUCUCCAGAGUUGACAGAGGACUGGAACACCUUUCUGCUGCGCUUCAAUGAGCUGGACUUUUGUGUCUCAGAGAAUGAAACCAUAAAGCACGGUCUGAACGAGUCGACCACGCCAGAGAGCAUGGUUGUGACCAGUGGCCAAGCUCGUUCCAGCACCCAGGUUCCCCUCCUGCUAGAGGACUCAGGUCCCAUCAACAUCUCAGUCCCCAUCACCCUCACGCUGGACCCCCUGCGCCCGUUUGGAGGGUACUCUCGCAACCUCACCCACCUGUAUGCCACAGUGCUGGGGCAGCAAGUUGGCUUGUCUAGCCGGGAAGCCCAUGAAGAAAUAAACAUCACUUUCACCCUGCCUGUGUCCUGGAACUCAGACGAGUGUGUACUGCACGGCCACUGCGAGCAGGUGGUGUUCAGCACUUGCAUGACCAUCACGGCGGCAAGCAAUAUCUUCCCAGUCACAGUGCAGCCGCCACACUGCGUGCCAGAGACAUACACCAAUGCCACAUCUUGGUACAAGGUGUUCACCACAGUCCGCGACUCCGAUACCAAGUACAGUCAGGACUACAACCCUUUCUGGUGUUACAAAGGAGCAAUCGGCAAGGUGUACCACGCACUCAACCCAAAGCUUACUGUCAUCGUUCCUGAUGAUGACCGUUCCCUCAUCAACCUGCACCUGAUGCACACAAGCUACUUCCUGUUUGUCAUGGUCAUCACUAUGUUCUGCUAUGCAGUCAUCAAGGGGCGGCCUGGCAAAGUACGGCAAACCAACCCUGACUUCUGCCCUGAGAAGGUACAACAGACACCAGCAGUGCUAUAUGACGAGAACAGAUGGCGUUGUCAGAGGGUUAAAAAGACAUCGGAGAGCUAUUUUAGAACGUACCUGUAACAUGGACAAACUCAAAGAAACAGAAGAAAUAUAAAUAAACAUACCAGUUGCCUAGUGAACCCUGGAAAUACAGUAAGGGACACAAAAGCUCUGUUAAUGCAUUACUCUUGCAAUGUUGGGUUUUUCCAACCAAAGAUAUACAAGUGCCUGUAUCUGUCGUGUAAAUAUUUGUAGGAACUCUGAUAUUCAGUUUAAAACCUUUUUUUCUUUUUUGUUGAUUAAUAUUAUUAUUUUUGCCUGAGUCCCCUUGUGCCAUGUCAGAACAUGCAGUACAUAAACAAAGCAGAACGCCAAACCCGAGAACUACACAGACCAGAAGGCCAGACCCAAGAACUACACGGCCAUUUUUCUAGCAGUCAUUUGGUCUCAUUUACCAAGCAAGGUAGAAAAACCACAGAGAAGUGGGUUACAUGAAACCUAUCGCAGAUUUCAGUUAUGAGAUUUUGCUGUAAAUGUUUGGAUAUCCUGAAACCUGUAAACAAAGUAUUUUUUAUCUCCCAUAAUGAGAAAGCAUGAUUAUUAGUCACUUGAAAUGUGUUUAAGUGAACUAAAUAUGCUUGAAUACUCAGGUUGAGAUAAUUGCUUGAGGAUGAGAUGAUUGUUAUACACUGAUAAUUCUUCAGUAUGCACUUGUCAUUGCAGCUUAAACAGGGAAGAGAAUUAACUGAGCACUGUUCUCUGUACCAGACCCAAUAGUGUAAUCAAAACUCUAAUCAGAAUUUGGACAUUGCAUGAAGUCUGUUUUUAAAAGUAGCACUUACUUUAUUUAAUUGAACUCUCAAUUAUAACAAUAGGUCUUUACCAGAUUAGCAAUUAUGUUUCCCUGUGUGUCUGCAAUGUCAAUACAUGUGGAGUCAAAUAUUUAGAUGAUUGCACUGUGCACAUUAAUAUAUAAACAGAAAACAAUGUCAACAGUAAAGUUAAUGAGUUCCAUUGUCUCAGUUUGUAUCCUGUUAGGCUUAUCAGCAAGUCCCUUUUUAAUGUCAGUUAAAUAAGCUGCAGAACUUCCUGUGGUCUGUGUUGACAUUAGUUUUUGUAAAAGACGAGUAGAUGUUGUCACACUUAAAAUUUAUUUUCUGCCUUUUGUUUUCCUUCCUCUGUGGCUUCAUCACUCACUUGCCUCUUGUCUUUUAUUUUCUGCCUGUCUCUGACUCUUCUGGACUUAAAUGUACAAUGCUUCUUUGUUGCUACUGGACGAAGCAAAACAUUAUCUUGCCUUACCUACGGUGGACUUGCUUGCUUGAAAACACGAUGGGGAGAUCAUCUUCUCUCUUUCCAACAUUAACUUGCCAGUCCCUUCUUCCACAGCCAUCCUUCUUUUUGUUUCUUCCAGUAUGACGAGCCUGUGGUUUGAAAUGAAACUUGUGAUCUUUGUCCUAUUAAUGUAAAUGUCAAGUGGCCCUUGAGUUAUUAUAUUUUAGGAUGCUUUAGAGUUACACUUUUAGAGUGUGCUUUUAUUUUAAGCAAAUCCUUAUCAGUUGCAAGUGUUUGCAUAGUUAGUGAAAGUUUAGAUUUCUUGCACAUUUUGCGUCAUUGGCUCCUGGGAUUAUUUCUUUGUCCGAAGUCACAUAUAAACAGUCUAUUUUGAGCUAUAUAAGCCUUGUUUCAGUUGGACACCUUCUAAAAGAUAAAUAUAAUUUUAUUAGCAUUUAAUUGUAUUUGUAUAACUAUGGGGAUAUAUUUAUGAUCAAAUCACUUCAUUUUAAAAUUUUCAUUAUUUUGUAGUACAACAAAAACAUGGAAGAACCCACUUGGUGUGCGGGUGUGUGAGUUUGGGAAAUGUUUAGAUGCAUAAAGGCGGCUUUAGACUGUGAUUCUUUGAAAGUGUCUAUUUAAAGGAUACUUUCAGUGUAAUGGAAUUUCUGAAGUGCACAAGUCUAUAUUGACAUGACUGGGCCCAGAAAUAAAACACCUUCACUGACAUUGUACAUUUUCACGUGACUCACAGUGUUCAGUCUUUAAACUCUUAAAUGUAGCUUUCAGGAUGAAAUUCAUGCUCUUCCAUCAUUCUUAUUUUGAGCAUGGCUGACUUUGACAAUCAUUUGCUCUGAAUGUAUAUUAUUAGAUUUGCAAAAGAGAAAAAAAUAGUGCUCUAAAUAGAGUUGUUAAUGGUUAAUUGUUGUUAAUGUUAAAAUCUUGAGUCCACAACCACCGUUACUGUCUUGACACAUGUCAAAUUUAUUAUUAUCCAACGAUCUUUGCUAAGACAAGAUGCAGUGUAAAAUCCAAACAUGAAUAAUUAACAGUCUAAGUCCGCCUUUAAUGUCUGUUGUGUACAACUUUUUUUCAAUAACAAUUACUCAUACAUUUUACUUAUCUUUUGUGUUAAAAUUUUGUUUCAUAAUUGAUGUACCUGUUGAAUGUAUUUUUUAAAAGCAGCAUAAUCUUAAUCUGAGAUGCAAGAAUUCCAAGUGAUUUUAAGUUAUGAUGUAGUUUUAUUUUUUUUUUAGUUUAAAAGGCUUUACUUGAAUUGUGUUUUUGUUCGAGUGGUAUUCAUAUACGGAAGCCCUGAGAGGCAAGUGAGAAAAACAGAAUUCUGAUUUAAAUUGUUUCCUCUCCUGUGUUUAUGACUUAAACAGGUGAAAAAAGUUUUCCCUGGUGAAAACAGAAGUGGUUGUUGUUGUAAUACUCAUUUUGACCACAAGUGGCUAAAGUGCACCACUACCCCAUGUUCUAAAUAGGACUAAAAACAUGUUUCCUUCAGGUUGUACGUGAGUUUUAAUUUCUCCAUGCACCCUAAACACAAGGUACAUAUAUUGUGUGUUGGCCUGUUAUGUAACAAUACUGUCAUGUCUUUACUUUGGCUAGAAAUGUAUUUUAAUUGGCGAUAGGGUAUAUAGGGUAGUCGGGCAAUUCAGCCUCUCGUGGCCGAAAUGAGUUUAAAAAAAAAAGAUCAGCUGCCAAAAGUUUUUUCCACCCGUUUGCACAGAUGAAAUAAAAAAGUAACUUAGAAAAAUGAUCCUGGCAAAAAGUUUUUGUCACCUAUUCUUAAGUCACAGUUUCUCUUCUUGCCUCACAGGGCCUCCGUAUAUUUGCGUGUGUAUGUUGGUGAAUGAGUGGAAGGUGUUUCUUCAUAUUGAUUGAUGUUAGGACAAGUCUUCGUAAUUCUGACGUGCAUCAUAUUUGAGGAUGAAUCUGUUGCUUGUACUGUCAUCACCAUCCCCUGUGCUUUCACAGUGGAACUCAUGCUUGUUAUGGAAAGAUCUGGCAGCUCUUAUUGGAUGGUUGGAAAUUUUGAGUGCUGGGACAGGAAGCGGGGGUUUGGCCAGGUGUAUGUGGUUGAAGAUGUGAAUGAAGAAUGCCAUAUUAUUGACAAACCAUCACAAUGAAUGUUGGUGACCUGCAUUUACCUGCUUCUUAUCCCUCCUUGUGUGAUUUACUAUUUUCAUCUUUGGUUAGAAUUGCAUCUCUAUAUUUGCAAAAUGCCUUAACAUUGUAUAGUUUCAUUUAAGUUUUUUUGUUUCACAUAUUGUAAAACACCAGCUUUACGGAAAUAAAUCCAAACACAAUGCUUCUUUUAUCUCUUCUGAGCUACAAGAAGCUCACAUUAACAUGCUUGUGAAGUGUACAUUUAGAGAAAUUGAUUUAAAAAAAAGGAUCUGAUGCUUGCUGUUGUAGUUUAUAAAACUACUCCUAUGUCACUGAGGACUGGAGUAAAAACAGAGGAGCCAUGUUCUCCUUAGUUGCAUCAUCUCACUGUGUUCUCGGCUUGACAUUAAGCAAAACACACAAUAUAAGACUGCCAUUUCACCUUGUUAUCCUUUCUGUCAUGUUAGCAGCGCUUACAGGCAAGUAUUAAGCCAACUCUGUGCCUUCUGCACUAUCAAGCUGCAUCCUCCUCCCUGUACAUACAGUAGAUAGGACCAUAGGUUUAAUGUGGCUAGAACAUCAUUCAAACCCUUUUCCUUUCCAGUGGAACUGCUGUAAAUGAAUUCAAGUUUAAAUAAACUGUCUCUAAAGUUCAACAUCA